AUGUUGGAAGGCCUCGUUGCGAACCUGCUCAACAGGUUCCUGGGCAUGUACGUUAAGAAUUUCGAUGCGGGGCAGCUUAACGUUGGCAUCUGGUCCGGAGAUGUGAAAUUACGAAACCUCGAGCUACGCCGCGAGGCCUUGGACCAACUCCACCUCCCUCUGAACGUCGUCGAAGGCCACCUUGGCGAACUUACCCUAUCCAUUCCUUGGUCCAAUUUAAGAGGGAAGCCUGUGAAGAUUGAGAUCGAAGAUGUUUUUCUACUGGCGGCGCCGAAGGAGGACUCCAGCUACGACCCAGAGGAGGAGAAAAGACGAGAACACGAGAUAAAGAUGGAGAAGCUGGAGAGCGCUGAGCUUCUUAGGGAUCAGCACUCAGAAAGCAUGAGCAAAGAGGAACAAAUGAAAAACCAGAGUUUCAUGCAGAGUUUGGUGACGGCUAUUAUUGAUAACAUCCAGGUAGUCAUUAAGAACGUACACUUUCGCUACGAAGACUCUAUAGCUGUGCCUGGACAUCCCUUUGCCUUGGGUCUUACUCUCAAAGAGCUCAGCGCAGUGAGCACUGAUUCCGAAUGGAGACCUACCUUUAUCCAGUCAACCUCUGAAACAAGCCAUAAACUGGCUGUUUUGGGUGCUUUGGCUGUCUACUGGAAUACGGAUGCGGAGUUAUUUAGCUCUGGAAGGAGUGGCGGCGGUGAAUCACAUACUGUGUCUCACGAAGAGUUAGUCGAGAAAUUCCGCCAGGCAAUCGACUCCCGCGAUAAUGGCCAGUAUAUAUUAAAACCAGUUAGCGGGAAAGCAGGACUCGAAUUAGAUAAGACUUUAAGUACCGAUCGGCCAAGGGCGAAGGCGAGAUUGAUAUUUGAUGAACUUGGUUUUGUCUUAGACGAUUACCAAUAUCGUGAUGCGUUAAUGCUUGUUGACCUCUUUCACUAUUUCAUUCGCCAUCGAGAAUACAAAAGACUUCAGCCGAAAUGUCGCCCGACGGAGGACCCUCGUGCAUGGUUCAGAUUCGCAGGGAAUGCCGUCCUUACCAAAAUCCAUGAGAGAAACAGGCGGUGGACAUGGGAGUAUAUCAAAGAGCGAAGGGAUGACCGUAUACGAUACAUCGAAUUGUUUAAGAAACAGAAAAGGAAUAUAGCUCUUUCCACGGAGGAAGAGGCUGAUUUAAAACGAUUGGAAGGAAAGUCAACAUAUGAGGAUCUGAAGUUCUGGCGUUCUCUGGGAAGGCAUCAGCUCAGAAAAGAGAAUAUUAUCGCUCCGAAACAGCCGAAGCCUCAGUCAUGGUCCGAAUGGAUCUGGGGCUCUAAGAAGGAAGAAACUGAGGAUGAAAACGCGAUGACUGAAGAACAGCGAAAAGAGCUAUAUGAUGCGAUUGACUGGGACGAGAAACGUGCGAUCAGUCAAUCCAUCGAUGUCCCUCGGGAGUCUGUGAAACUCUUAAUCGAGUCUAGCCUCAGGGCUGGUAGCUUUACUUUGAAUCGAAACCGCAAUGGGAAAACUGAUGAGGUCCUGAAGCUGGUCUUUGAUAAUUUUAAGGCCAAGGCAUUACAGAGGCAUGAUUCCUUCCUCGCACAAAUCAACCUCGGGGGUUUACGAUUAUUCGAUAGCACCACUGAGGGUACUCUUUUCCCCCAGAUAAUUGGAGUAAAGGAUGCUGCUGCUCGUGGCGAGGCCGACUCCCCUGAUCUUGAAAGUCUUGGGUCCGAAGCGGAAGCGGAAGAGAUCGAAGAUAGCCUGUUCUACUUACAAUUCGAAACAAAUCCCCUUGACGGAUCUGCAGAUUCCGCUCUCACGAUGAAGCUCAAGAGCAUUGAAGUUAUUUAUAAUCCUCGGGUACUAGUUGAAGUUGUGAAUUUCUUCCGUCCCCCUGAGCGCCACAUGGAGUCGAUUGGUGCGCUUCUGGAAACUGCUGGAGCGACGGUCGAGGAAAUUCGUCAACAAACUCGAGCAGGCCUGGAAUUUGCACUAGAAGAGCACAAAACCAUCAACGCUCAGCUUGAUAUUCAAGCGCCAGUAAUCAUUAUUCCUGAGAGCAUUACAGCCGAAAGCUCUACUUGCUUAAUUCUCGACGCCGGUAACGUUUGUGUCCGGAGCGAACUUGUCGACAAGGAGACAAUUAAAAUGGUUCAAGGGAAACAUGGGGCAGACUACAGUGACCAGGAUUACGAGCAGCUUCAAAAUCUGAUGUACGAUAGAUUCCUGCUCAAACUCCAUUCGACCCAGGUAUUGAUCGGCCCUGGGAUCGAAGCGACUAAAUCGCAGCUCGUUCCUGGCGCCGAGUCACGAAACUUUCACAUCAUGGAUAGGAUCAACAUCGAUUUUGUGCUUGAACUAUGCAUUGUGCCCAAGUCGACGGACCUUACCAGAACCCGUCUUUCAGGUCGAUUGCCAGAGCUGCAUGCCUCGAUGUCAGACACGAAGUAUAAGCACCUAAUGAAGUUAAUUGAUAUCGCAAUUCCACAUUUCGAUGAUGACAGCGAGGCGGAUAGCAGUGAUGAAAAGAUUAAGACCAUUUCUGAGGUUCCGGAUACACGGGUCAGGUCGUCUUCAGUGCAGCUGACAAGCAAAGAAGUUCCGAUCGUGGAGCAAGAUUCCGAAUCAGAUGUUGAUGAUACGGGAGACAAGACGGUUCAGAAACCAGCGAAACGACCUGUUAAUAAUCACCAGCGUAUGUUCGAGUUCAAAUUUACCGUGGAUCGACUCAGGGGCUCUCUUUAUCGAACCGAUCUUAGAGACGAGACGAAAGAUACGCUGUUAGUUGAGCUAGUAGCUGAACACUUUCAAUUGGAUUAUUACCUUCGGCCUUAUGAUAUGGUGGCGGAGAUCGUGCUGAAGUCCCUUGUUGUGGACGACCAUAUCGAGCAGGAUGCACCGCCCGAGUUCAAGCAGAUCAUAUCCUCGAAAGGAUUCAAUGCCACAGAAGGAAAAGAUUUGUUCCAGCUUAAGUUUAUACGAGUCAACCCGCAAUCUCCAGAGUUUUUGAAGGUCUAUGAAGGCACUGAAAUGAACCUAGAUCUUUCUAUUUCCACAAUCAACCUGAUUGUGACCAGAAAGACUCUCUUGACACUGCUUGAUUUUAUAUUAAUAACAUUUACGAACCCAGAGCAACGAAAUCAGGCUCCGAUCUCUGACCAAAAAGCAAUAGAACGAAGCGAAGGAGGUGCUCGGGUAGAACCUGGUCCAGGCAGAAUACGAAUUAAUUCUCGAUUGGAGAGUAUAGCCCUGAUAUUUAAUGAAGAUGGCGUCCGCCUUGCAACAUUGAGUUUGAAUACGGCUGACGUUGGAAUAUUUGUUGCUGGUGAAUCUCUCACCGUCAAAGGUAGAAUGGGCAGCCUUACCAUGUUCGACGACAUCGGUGAAACCACCACCCGUCUUUUGAGUAUAGAAGGCGAUGACUUUGCCGAUUUUCGCUAUCAAACGUUCGAUCCUAAUCAAGCAGAUUAUCCUGGCUAUAGCUCUGAGGUGGUGCUCCGAUCGGGCUCCAUCAAAAUCAAUUUCAUCGAGGAGCCCUAUCGAAGGAUAAUUAAUUUCCUCGUGAAGUUUGGAAAGAUGCAAGCCAUUUUCAAUGCUGCCCGCCAGGCUGCAGCAAAUCAAGCGAGUCAAAUACAAGAGACUGCGUCGUUGAUGCGUUUUGAUAUUGUUGUGAUGACACCUAUUCUGGUGUUCCCGCGGAUUACCGAAAAUGAUCGUCCUAGAGACUUCGUCACAGCACAUUUAGGGGAAAUAUAUGCCAACAACAAAUUCGAGAAACUGACUGAAGGAGAUGCAUCAGCCAACCUCAACUGUGUUUCUGCGGGUAUCAGACACAUCCGCCUAACUUCUAAUUUCUAUUACUCAGAUGAACACUCUGAGGAACUGGAGAUGAUCGAGAAAGUUGAUCUAGACUUCAAUAUUCAAUAUUUGGUUCAUCAGGCGAAUAUCUCUCGCCCAGAUAUAAAGGUCGAAGGCUUAAUGUCGCCUAUUAAUUUGAGGAUAUCCCAGAUGCAACUGAAACUCCUGACUGAGCUCUCAAGGACUAUUCCUGCAGCAUUAACCCCAGACCAAGAUCAACAAGAGCAAGAAGCAGCGGAGGCACUUCCGGGCCUCACAGGUGGUGAAGCACAGUCGGAUGAGCCUCUGUCUGAAUCGAAAGAAUCUCAGAGUGUGUCAAACUUGGCCCCGGAAAUCAGGCCAGAGCCGGAUACCUGGGUACAACUUGAUUUUGCGUUCAAAGUGGAUACUCUUGGCCUAGAAUUGAUAUUGGCUAAAGAGAACGAGCCUGUAGGUUCACUCGACGAUGCCAGCCUUUCAAAAUUCUUCCUCAGCAAUACCAAUGUCAAGCUUCAGAUGUUGAGCGACGGAUCUCUUGAGACCGAAUUGUUAAUCCACUCGUUUAACGUGCGGGAUAGUCGCAAGAACGAGACCAAUCGGUACCGCAAGAUCAUGUCCUUGAUUAACACAGAUGUGCAACAGCAGUUCAUGGCCAGCUUGUCAAUGACCGGCGGUGCGGAGCGAAAGAUCAUAGCAAUGCUAACCAUUGACAGCCCGAGGGUUAUCUUUGCUCUGGAUUACCUCUUCGCCCUGCAAUCGUUCGUCUCUGCAGCUUUUCCACCCGAGUCAGAACCCGUUGAUGAACUUUCAGAGUACUCUGACGAAGAAUCCCAGGACGUACUUAGCUCUGACGAUGUUGCAGUCAGUGGAGAGGAUGUGUUAUCGAAUACCACUGAAGUUAAAGCGGAGGAUACGCCGAUACCGAUAGCCUUUCGGGUGAAUAUUGUGGAUGCCCAGGCGAUCUUGGUGGCAAAUCCCACAAUCUCGAACUCCGAAGCCAUAGUUUUGGGCACGAAACAAGUGCUCUACUCUCAACAAAAUGCGUCUACUUUACAAAUAUCAAAGAUUGGAAUGUUCCUAUGCCGAAUGGACAAAUUCGAGACGAGUAGACUCAGAAUACUUGAUGACUUCACGUUGGAACUAUCAAUGGAUAUUCGAUCGAAAGGACGCGGGUGUACAAUGACGAGGAUCGAUGUUCAUGUUGACCCAUUGAUUCUUCGCCUGUCGCCUCGAGAUAUCGUUCUUGCCCUCCAGAUCAUGAACAAAGUUUCUGAGAUGAACACUUCACCGUCAACGACUGAUACUAAGGAUAAAAAGCCAACAUCUAAAGAUGCCUCUCAUGCUAGGAGGAGAUCAAGGGGUCAAUCUUUCAGUGCCGGCCAAGUUGCAUUAUGCCCAAAUACUGCACCCAAGCCAGCCGUGCAACAGUCAGCGAUCAUGAAGAAGGAGGAAAUGUCUGUUCAGAUUGAUGGUGUGCGAGUGAUACUCAUUGGUGAUUUGCAUAUGCUCCCACUUGUUGACUGGAGGGUAAAACAGUUUAAUGUAGAUGUUCGCGACUGGUCCGGAAACAUGAGUGCGGAUACUACAAUGGAUACCCUUAUCAAUGUCUACAAUUUCUCGAAAUCUGCCUGGGAACCGUUGAUUGAGCCAUGGCAACUAGGAUUCCAUAUGUCAAAGGAGAUAGCUCCGGAUGUCCUAUCAGUUGAAGCAUAUUCGCACAAAACUAUGGAGCUUACUGUGACAUCUGCUACUAUCGCAUUGGUGAACAAAACCCUUCAGUCCGUAUCCACUACCGAGGACGUCCUUUCAAAACCAAGGGGGGCAGACGCGCCUUAUAGAAUUCGAAAUCAUACCGGAUUUGACCUUCAGGUAUGGGCAGACCUCGGAAACGGUGAAGAGGGUCCAGCUGCGCUCCUGAGCGAUGGUGAAGAACGGCCCUGGAGAUUCGAAGAUCCUACCACCAUGCGUGAGAGCCUGGCUCCAGAGGGCAGUGUUGGUAUGGUUGGAGUUAAAUUGGAAGGUAGCGGAUUUGACAGCAUUAACCGCAUUCCUCUCAUCCGCGAAGGGGAGACGCUAUAUAACCUGAAACCGAAGCAAGAUAGGGUUUUGCACCGAUUACUAGUGGAAAUCAGUCUUGGAUCUGACUACGUUAAAUAUAUAACCUUCCGGUCUCCACUUCUGGUCGAAAACAAGACACAAAUACCUCUAGAAGUUGGCGUAUUCAGUCCGGAAGAAGGACAUCUGUUGAAGGUAGAAAAGAUCCUUCCUGGAGAUAGUCGACCAGCUCCUAUUGGUGCGGCAUAUAUGCGUUCACUUCUCGUUCGACCAGAUCAGGGCUUUGGCUACGACUGGUCAACAGAAAGCCUGUUUUGGAGGGAUCUUUUGAAACUUCCUACGAAGUCUCUCAAGUGCAACAGCGAGAGUGGGCAGCAAGCCCCUCCAUUCUAUUUUAGGAUGCAUGCCACGUUUGACAAGAAUGAUCCGAUUCACAAUGUAUACCCUUAUAUGCGCAUUCGACUUUCGGCCCCGCUUGAAAUCCAGAAUCUCCUUCCAUACGACUUCAAGUAUCGCAUAUACGACAGGAAUACACGUAAAGAUUGGACAAACUUCCUUCGGAAGGGAGGAACUAGUCCUGUCCACGUGGUUGAGCUGUCUCACCUACUGCUUCUCAGUAUAGACAUGGAAGAUACGGAAUUCCGGCAAUGCGAAUUCGCAAUUAUAAAUGGAACUCCUCAGGAUGAUUUUCGUAAGGAGCACACUCUGUCCAUCCAAGACGACAAAGGAGUUGAACUCAAACUGGGGCUCCAUUACUUUGCAAUUCCAGAUAGCGGCGGGUCGUUCAAAGUAUCCGUUUACAGCCCUUAUCUUAUUCUAAAUAGGACGGGUUUGGAUAUAAACAUCCAGGGCAAGAGUAUGUUCCAAUCUACCAGGACAUCAGCGGGCCGUGCAAUUAGAACGGACUCAUCUAGCGGUGUUCGAAAAGCCGUUCCGUAUAUGUACUCAUAUGCUACGAAUGACCGCAAAAAUCGAUCCAUUAUCAAAGUUGAAGGCUCAUCGUGGAGCAAGCCUCAAAGUUUAGAGGCGAUUGGAAGUACCUUUGAAGUACUGUUCCCCUCCGCAAGCGGUAAAACGGAAUAUCAUGCUGGAGUGUCUGUCGAAGAAGGCACCGGCAAAUAUAAAAUCACGAAGGUUGUGACAAUCGCUCCCCGCUUCAUUCUUAACAACAAGCUAGGCGAAGAUCUUGUUGCUCGCGAGCCGGGGUCCUCCAAUGUUCUUAGGUUAAAGUCUGGCGACCUUGUUCCGCUGCAUUUCCUUCGGCAAAAUGCUGAGAAGCAGUUGUGUCUGUGUUUCCCUGGUGUGAACAACCAAUGGGCGUCUCCGUUUAAUAUCUCCGAUCUGGGAACUGUAUAUGUGAAGCUUGCCAAGGCAAGCCAACGCCAGAGGCUCCUGAGGAUAGAGAUUCUCAUGGAGGCAGCGACGAUAUUUUUGCAUAUAAGUAUGGAGACUCGGCAUUGGCCAUUUUCAAUGCGUAAUGAGAGUGACUGCGAAUUCCUAUUUUAUCAAGCUAACCCAAAUGUGGCGGAAGACGAAGAAGACCGAAGUAGUGGUUGGAGGCCCAUUCGUUAUCGGCUUCCCCCACGAAGCAUUAUGCCAUAUGCUUGGGACUAUCCAGCUUCUAAGAAUAAAACACUGGUCCUCGUUUGCCGCGGAAAGGAAAGAUAUAUCAAGCUUACUGAGAUUGGUAACUUGAUACCCAUGAGAGUUCCACCGUCCCAAGAGGACGUCCAGCCGAAGAUCAUCGACCUGCGAAUCGAAGCUGAAGGUCCGGCACAGAUACUUGUGCUGUCAAAUUACAGACCAUCCAGGAGUAUUUACCGUCAACAAAAGCCAACAGCUUCGCAAAGCAGCAUCUCCACGGGAUUCGAAGUCAAGCAUGUCAAUACAGAUGUCACUUUUAAGGCUCAGCUACGAUUAAGCGGAAUAGGAAUUUCAUUAAUCAACAAAAAGCUUAAGGAGCUCGUCUAUGUCACAUUCCGCGAUAUCGAAGUUAACUUCAGUGAAUCGAAGCUUUAUCAAACUGUUGGCACUACAAUCAAAUGGAUUCAAAUUGAUAAUCAGCUUUACGGUGGCAUAUUCCCGAUUCUACUUUAUCCAAGUGUCGUUCCGAAAACCGGGAGAGAAAUGGAGGCCCAUCCAAUUUUCAACGCGAGAAUUACUCGUGUAAAGGAUGAUUCUUAUGGAGUGCUUUAUAUCAAGUAUGCCUCCGUCCUCUUACAGCAGAUGACUUUGGAGCUCGAUGAAGACUUCAUCUUUGCCAUGCUUGAUUUUGUGAAGGUCCAGGAUACGCUAUUGAUGGACGACCACCAAACGCAGUUCGGUGAGGAACUCGGGUUUCCAGAGCCUAAAGGAGAAGACCAAGGCACGGGUGUCUACUUCGAAUUACUCCACAUACAACCAAUGCAGUUAGAUCUGUCAUUCGUGCGUACCGAGCGUGUCAAUGUGGAAGACACAGUCGAGUCUUCCAACCCGUUAAUGUUCUUUGUCAACGUGAUGACUAUGUCCAUCGGCAAUGUUAACGAUGCUCCAGUUCGAUUAAAUGCGCUGAUCCUGGAGAAUGCCAGGAUAUCUCUCCCUACCCUCGUGACAAAUAUCACCAAUCAUUAUACUCAAGACUUCCUGAGACAAGUACAUAUUGUACUGGGUUCCGCCGAUUUCUUGGGUAACCCUGUUGGUUUGUUCAAUACAGUUAGCUCUGGCGUUGCAGAUAUAUUCUACGAACCAUACCAGGGGCUAGUAGCUGAUCGACCAAAUGAGCUUGGCCUAGGCAUCGCUAAGGGUGCUACGUCGUUUGUUAAGAAGUCUGUAUUUGGGCUAUCUGACAGUCUUACCAAGUUCACUGGAAGCGUUUCAAAAGGUCUUGCCGCUGCAACGUUGGAUAAGGAGUUCCAAGAUCAAAGGCGAAUGUCAAAAGCUCGAAACAGGCCCAAACAUGCCCUUUAUGGUAUUACGGCUGGUGGAAGUGCAUUCGCUUCGAGCAUGGCUAGUGGUAUUGGAGGCUUAGCCCGCCAUCCACUAGAAGGUGCCGAGAAAGAAGGAUUCCCUGGCUUUAUGAAAGGUGUUGCAAAAGGAGUGUGGGGUCUGGCAACGAAGCCAGCAAUUGGCGCAUUUGACCUUGCUUCCAAUCUCGCUGAAGGUGUUCGAAACACGACUACUGUCUUCGACCCUGAAGGCCUGGAUCGUGUCCGUCUUACUCGAUUCAUUGCCAUGGAUGGCAUUGUCCGGCCAUAUUCUCAGCGAGAAGCUCUUGGGCAAUUCUGGCUCAAAACUACGGACGACGGCAAAUACUUUAACGAAGAUUACAUUGCACACCUGGAAUUCACUGGAAAGGAUAUGCUGGUUCUGCUAACCUACAACCGCAUCAUGCUCGUCAGAUCGAAGAAAUUAGCGACUGAAUGGGAUAUCAAGUUAACCGACAUCCAGAAAAUUUCGAAAGAAAGAACGGGAAUGAGCAUUACCUUGAAGGGUGGAGCUAACGGUCCGUUUAUACCCGUACAGGAAGAGAGUUCAAGGAAUUGGCUGUAUAAACAAAUCGCCAUUGCUGUCAAUGCUUUUAAUGAAAAAUAUCUUGCAAAAGGUUAAAUUCCUGAUGCCUCACAGUUCCAUAUGCAAUCCAAAAAAUUGAUGCAUAACCCAAGAAGGUUAUUUUCGUUCUACAUGUUAAUGUUAAUAUAUUUAUGAGCGUUGUGAAAAUAUUUUCCAUUAUAUCCCGGUCUCUCAGAGAGUCGAGACGAAUUGGGUAUUCUAUGUUAUGGGAAUCCCUUUGCUUUUUCUAUCGCGUAUUGUUUACUUUGUAGCUACAUAAGUAGCUGGUUUUGGUUGGUUCAAUUUCAUGAUCAUAUGUAUCCUUUUUUGGUGUUUUAGGUGUAAGUAAGGAAUGGGAGCACACGCCCGGUGUUGGAUGACGGGCCAAGGGCAAGUCGGGACCUCGUGCAAACUCUCCUCGGAACUGUGAUAUGGAUUAUAGACCUCAUUGCUCUAAAUUAUCCACUAAGCA